AAAUAGCGUACGCGCAAAAAAAAAGUUCGAACCUGCAGCUGGUGGCGUUGCUUCCCCUUUGCCGCCGUAGCGCCGGCCAUGCUCACGGUGUCUCUCCUAGACGCGCAACUCGCUCGGUGCUCCUCCGCGCGCCAUCUCCUCCAGAUUCACGGCCAGUUCAUCGCCUCCGGCCUCCUCGCCGAUGCCUUCGCCGCCAGCCGCCUCCUCCUCUUCACCUCCGCCACCCGCCUCCUCCCGCUCCCCAUCCACCAUUCGUUCCGCCUCCUCCGACUCGUCCGCUGUCCCAACGCCUUCUCCUGCAACACGCUCCUCAAGGCGGCCCUGCUCGCCGGGACGCCGCACGUCUGCCUACCACUCUACACCUCCCUGCCAGCGUCCCCCGACGCCUACACCCACCCCAUCCUCGCCGCCGCCUGCGCCGCCAGGAGGGACGUGAAUGAAGGCAGGCAGGUGCACUCACACGCUAUCAAGCACGGGUUCGGUGAUGAUUUGUACCUCAGGAACGGCCUGAUGCAUAUGUACUCUGUUUGCGGCUGCCUCUGGGACGCACGCAGGGUGUUUGACGCAGGUCCCGUGUGGGACGCUGUUUCGUGGAACACCAUCCUGGCUGCGUACGUGCAUGCUGGGGAUGUCGAUCAGGCGGUUGGGGUGUUCGCACGGAUGCCAAAGCGGAAUGCCACAGCGGUGAGCUCCAUGGUGUCAUUGUUUGGGAGGAGGGGUAUGGUGGACGAGGCAAGAGGGGUGUUUGACGAGGCCGAUUGCAGGGAUAUUUUCACGUGGACUGCCAUGAUUUCUUGCUUUGAGCGGAACAGCAUGUUUGCAGAGGCGUUGCACAUGUUCUCCUGCAUGCGUCGAGAGAUGUGGCCUGUGGACGAGGCGCUGAUGGUCAGCGUGGUGUCCGCUUGUGCACAGUCGGAGGUGAUUCGAAAUGGGGAACUAUGCCAUGGACUGGUUAUCAGGGCUGGCCUUUGUUCGCUGCUAAAUAUUCAGAAUGUGCUGAUCCACAUGUACUCAUGUUGCCUGGAUGUUGUUGCAGCACGGAGGUUGUUUGACAGCGGUGACUGCUUGGACCAGUUCUCCUGGAACUCGAUGAUAGCAGGCUAUCUAAAGAAUGGUCAUGUCGAAAAUGCAAUGACAUUGUUCAAUGCAAUGUCUGACAAGGACAAUGUUUCUUGGAGUACAAUGAUUUCUGGUUGUGUGCAGAAUAACCAAUCGUCAGAUGCACUCGCUGUCUUCGAUAACAUGCGAGCCCAGGGAGUCAGGCCGGAUGAGGUUACUGUUGUUAGUGUUAUAUCUGCAUGCACUAAUCUGUCUGCUCUGGAGAAAGGAAAGUCGGUGCAUGAUUAUGUAAGGCAAAACAAAUGUUACAUCAGUCUUGUACUUGGGACUAGCCUCAUUGACAUGUACAUGAAGUGUGGAUACUUGGAAGCUGCAAUGGAUGUUUUCAACAUAAUGGAAGAAAAAGGAGCACCUUGCUGGAAUGCUGUAAUUGUGGGGUUGGCGAUGAACGGCCUUGUGACAAAAUCCCUUGAGAUGUUCUCAGAGAUGGAAGCAUCCGGCACUGCCAUCCCGAAUGAGAUAACUUUCAUCGGAGUUUUGAGUGCUUGCAGACAUGCUGGCCUAGUUGAGGAGGGCCGCCACUUCUUCAAGUUGAUGCAGCACAAGUACCGAAUUGUGCCAAACAUCAGACACUAUGGAUGCAUGGUUGAUCUUCUUGGACGUGCUGGAUAUGUUAAGGAGGCUGAGGAUCUGAUUGAGAGCAUGCCCAUGUUACCUGAUGUUCCAGCAUGGGGUGCAUUGCUUAGUGCCUGCUGGAAGCAUGGUGAAAAUGAGGUUGGAGAAAGGGUGGGCAGGAAGCUUGUCAAUCUGGAUCCUCGCCAUGACGGAUUUCACACUAUGUUAUCUAACAUAUAUGCUAAAGAGGGGAUGUGGCAAUCAGUAAAUGACCUAAGGGACUCCAUGAAGCAACGACAUGUCUCAAAAGUUUCAGGAUAUAGUGUCGUUGAAAUGUCUCAUUCUUGAGAUUCUAGCAGUUGAUCGCACCUCAAAUGAAAAUCUUAGAUAGGUCCAAGUUGAAGCCUUACAAGGUCAUGAAUGGAUCUUUACUUAUCUGCGAUUUGUGCUUCUGACUUUCUAUCAUCGUGUGUAUUUUGAUAAGCCUGUUGUUCACUUCAUGUUUCCUCUAUCUAUGCUUGCAGAUUCAAAUAAAAAAUUCACAUGGCAUCAGCGACCAAAUUAUUUAUCUUUUAAACUUUUACCAGAGACGUAGAGAUCUAAGCCGAAAAAUUGGACGAUAUUCAGUGCCUUGGAAAUACAUAUAAAAAAUCUCCAACUUGGAGAAACAGAAAACAAGAUCUUAGUUGAUGCGAUGCAUGGAUAUGCUGGCAAUGGCAUCAAAGAAUCUUGAAAGGGUGUCACAAAACAGGACACUAUAUCAUGGCAUGCAAUCCAUCGCUUUCGGCCAGCCACGCGGCUUUGAAGCCACAACUGCUCACAAAGGGAAAAUUCAAUAAUGCGUUGCCCUCCACAAUCCAGACGGGACAGAACUUUUUUUCUGAUCAACAAGAGAUGGAGGAGACAACAAAUACAAGAAUCUAUACAUAAUGGACGCAGAAGCCGGGGAGAACGCUGGUGAAGCGGAACAGAUAACAGAUGGCGAUUGGACUGGCACACACACACUGCCAAUGAUCUCGGAACAGAGACUGGAUCGUGUGUUCUCAUCAAACCAUGACAGGCCUGCAGAUGCGCCGGAGCGCGACCAUGGCCUAGACCCCGGGUACUUCGUUGUUACUUGGUAAACACAAUCGACCGCUCUGUGGUGAGGGUAAUCCAGAGUGGGUAUGAUUUCUCCAGGCACGUGAACCAUCCAGUCUUCAGUCCAGAUGGGCAGAGCAUCGCGGUGACAUCGGACCUUGCUGCGGUGUCCACUAACCCAAUGUCGCCUCCAAUCUUCUUGCACUCGGUGAGGCCCUAUUGUGACAUCUUCACCGUUGAUAUCGACCCUGACGACAUGGAGGAGAACCAGGAUGUGGAGAAGUUUGCCCGUGUCAUGCAUAACAGAUACGAGAACUCUACUCCUGCCUGGUCCGUGUUCUCGACUCAUGACCCGCAUGCACAGUGGAACCUCCUUGUCAUGGAGGAAAGUUACACCCCGUCGUGCCCGUAUGCAAAUUGACGGAGGUGAAAGUUGGCACAUGACAGGCCAGAUAGCGUCCUGAAAAAGUUCUGUUUCUUGCUCGUUUGGGAUUCAUUGUUUGAGAUGUAUCUGGAAUUUCUGUUUGGAUUGCUGUUGAACAUUUGCAUUUUACACAUUUCAUCUUGAUGUAAUGAGACUUCAGAGUUUUAUACGAGGAUUCUGAAUUGAGUACUCAGACAAGUUUCAGAGAAGUGUUCGUUUUCAUCACA